AUGACUACCAUAAAGCCACUACCAAAUUCCAAGGCUAAAAAUCCCCUCUACUACGAUGAGGUAGUUCAAAUGUACGAUGUUGUAAAGGUCAAGGCAAAGGCCAAUCACAAUCCUGUUGAUGCCUUAGAGGAAUUGAAGAAUCAACUGAAGAAGAAAAAGGCAAUAAAAGCUACCCUUCUAGCAGGGGAAGAAGCGAUUGAAUUCAAGAAAAAGGGAGUCGGAAAAUCGCCUCAACUCAAGCGUUUACCUUACUCGGCUGUUAAAUCAUUCUAUCAGUACACAACUAGUCCCGCUUUCGUCGUGAUGGGUGUUCAGGCAAAUGAUAUCCCAAAACAGUAUGUCAUUCUCGCUGCUCCAACCGUGGAAAAGGCCAACAAGUUAACUGAGAUUCUUCAAGCUGGUCAGUUGGCACCAAAACAUAACUUGAAAAACCAGGUGCCUCCGGUAGCGUCAAGUGACAUUAUUCGAGAAGAAGUAACUCGGAGUCCAAGUUCUCCACCUGCCAGAAAUUCGACUUAUUCACCUUCUCCUAGAAGACAAACAGCAUCCCGGCACACACCUUCUCAAAGCACUCAUCGUCAGAAAAGUCCUAGUUCUCACCGUAGAUCGGCAAGAAAGACCUCCAGUAGUACCUCUUCCCAUUCAUCUAUGGUUAGGCGACCACAGCGAAGUUCGUCCUCAAGCUCACGCUCCAAAACUAGAUCUUAUUCCUACCCAUCAUACUCUGAAAGACGAAGGGUUGCUUCAGUAUACUCAUCGAAUGCUAGGAGAAGUGAAGGUUACGUUAACAAUGGCUCACCAUCGCCUCCACCUCAAAGAUACUCUAAAAGAGCUAUCUCUGUCUCCACUUCAACUCUCAUUCAAAUACCCAUUUCGAGGAAUUCUUCAAGCCCCAAGCCAAUUCCACAGAAAAAUAGAUCAACUGCAAUGGGCUAUAUUGAUGAUAAAAGUUUCUUUAUCCAUUAUAACCCUCCGAGAAAGAUGAAGAAGGAAAAGAAAUCUAAGUCUAGACAAAGUGUCAGAUCGUCCAACUACUAUACUUCGAUUGACUCUUCAAGUUCUGAUAGUGAAAUGGAAAGAAAAUUUUUUAAAGAUCAUUCUCAACCACAGCCAGGUAUCUAUUUAAUGGCCGAUAAAAAACCCAAGGUUAAAAGGGUGAAAAAUUUCAAGAGAUCGAGAUCCGAAAAUACUCGCCUUUCUUCCAAAAUCUACUACUUUUCAUUAAAUAACACCAGUAGUUCCAGCAGCACAAGCAGCAGUGAUAGUGAGGAUGAAACCUAUAUAGUACGACGGAAUCACAAACCAAACAAGUCUUCUUCACGUCGUUCAAAGCAGUCACUAAUUACAUCCUGGCGUUCACCACCACGAAGUCGAUACUCAUCUUCAAGCAGUUCAUCCCCCUCAAGAAGCCCAUCUCCAUUCAGGAGAAGAUUGUCUUCUUCAUCCUCUUCAUCAAGAUCGAGGUCAUACAGAAACAAGAAGAAAGGAAAGAUCACAAACGUACCCAUUGUCUAUUGCUUUCCUUCAAGCAGUAGGACCAAUUAG